AUGCUAUACACCAACCUUUGCCUUCUCCUCACGGGAUCUAAAAGAACACCACACAUCUAUCUAUCUAUCUAUCUAUCUAUUUCAAUUCAGUCGCUUUCUAUCUAUCUAUCUAUCUAUCUAUCUAUCUAUGUCUGUUCAUAUCUAUCUCAUUCUGUGCAUGUCUAUCUCAGUCUGUUCAUAUUUAUCAAUCUAUCUCAAUCUGUGCUCAUCUAUCUAUCUAUCUAUCUAUCUAUCUAUCGCUUUUUUAUUUGUCACAUCCAAUCAUUAUCUAUCUAUCUAUCUAUCUAUCUAUCUAUCUAUCUAUCUAUCUAUCUAUCUAAGUCUGUUCAUUAUCUAUCUAUCUAUCUAUCUAUCUAUCUAUCUAUCUAUCUAUCUAUCUAUCUCAAUCCUUUCGCAUCUACCUUUCAAGUCCAGAGUUACUUAGCUAUCAGUCUGUUCGUAUCUAUCUAUCUAUCUAUCUAUCUAUCUAUCUAUCUAUCUAUCUAUCUAUCUAUGACUCCAGAAAUCCUGACCAAUUUGACAGAGAAAAUGAUGGAUUUUCAACUCGUUUAUGCAGAUACGUUUUUUAUCUAUCUAUCUAUCUAUCUAUCUAUCUAUCUAUCUAUCUAUCUAUCUUCGCUUCUUCAUUGUCUAUCUAUCUAUCUUUAUUUAUCUGUAGGCCAUUCUCUCUCUUCCUUAAUUUUUAUCAUUGAUUUUUCUUUCUAUCAUCCUUUGUUGCUUUCUCUUUCUCUUGGUUCAAUUUAUCUAUCUAUCUAUCUAUCUAUCUAUCUAUCUAUCUAUCUAUCUAUCUAUCUAUCUAUCUAUCUAUUUCCGUAUUCAAAUAAUUCAGUAAUCUAUUCCCUCUCUCCCUUUAUUAAUAUCAUCCAUCAAUUUUUCUAUUAUCAUAUAUGUUUUCGUCUACAGCUAAUUCGGUGGGCCAACACCUCUCUCAAUUUCCUUAAUCUCUAUCCUCUAUCUGUCAAACAUUUUAUCCAUCGUUUUGGCUCACUUUAUUUCUCUCGGUCUAUCUAUCUAUCUAUAGACGAAUAUAGAUACAGAGUGGGGCAGAAAAUUUGGCUCGAUUUCAAUGGUUAA